AGCGAACACGUGUGACGUGAACGACGUGAACACGGCCCAAAUCAGCUGCAGUCAGCGUGGUUAUGGUUAAUCGUGUAAUCGUUAGAUUAGUUUCAUAAGCCGGUUUGUUUGAAUAUCAGGCAGCAAGUAGAUGUGCGAAUUUUUAUCGAAAGAAACAUUGGAGAAAAUGGUCAACACUAAGGAGACCGCGCUCGUGGAAAAUGGCCCGCCGAAAACGGCCAAGCAGCUGCAAAAGGAUGCCAAGAAGCUGGCCAAGCUGGAGAAAUUUAAACAUAAACAGGAAAAGAAGGGGACCGAGAAGCAGAUAAACGUGAAAGAGAAAGCAGAGAAAAAUGAUAAGAAGAAGGAGACUGCAGCAAUCUUGUACACCAUCGAUACACCACCUGGAGAAAAGAAAAAUGUCGCAGGUCCAAUGCCAGGUACAUAUAGUCCGCAAUACGUGGAAGCUGCGUGGUACGCUUGGUGGGAAAAGCAGGGCUUCUUUAAACCAGAAUACGGAAGAAAAGACAUAUUGGAGGAAAAUCCAAAGGGAAAGUUUAUAAUGGUAAUACCACCGCCCAACGUAACUGGUUUCUUACAUCUCGGACACGCUUUGACUAAUGCUGUAGAAGAUGCUAUCACCAGAUGGAACCGUAUGAAAGGUCAUACCACACUCUGGAAUCCAGGUUGUGAUCAUGCGGGUAUCGCCACUCAGGUAGUUGUGGAAAAGAAGCUGUGGAAAGAAGAAAAGAAAUCUCGUCACGAUAUCGGUAGAGAGGAAUUUAUCAAGAGAAUAUGGCAGUGGAAAUAUGAGAAAGGCGAUGGUAUUUAUUCGCAAUUGAGGAAAUUAGGCGGUUCCUUCGAUUGGAGCCGUGCUUGUUAUACAAUGGACCCGAAAUUAUGUAAAGCCGUGACGGAGGCAUUUGUGCGCUUGCAUGAUCAAGGUAUUAUUUAUCGCAGCAAUCGUUUAGUUAAUUGGUCAUGCGCUUUAAAAAGUGCAAUUUCGGAUAUUGAAGUUGACAAGGUGGAAUUAAAUGGCCGGACUCUGCUUUCUAUACCUGGCUACGAGAAGAAAGUCGAAUUUGGUGUUUUGGUAUCUUUCGCUUAUCUGCUCCUUGAUUCGGUUGACAAAAUAAUUGUAGCGACCACUCGUAUCGAAACUAUGCUGGGAGAUACCGCUAUUGCAGUGCAUCCAAAGGACAGUAGAUACGCACGAUAUAUUGGAAAAUAUGUGCAGCAUCCAUUUUGCGACAGGCGUAUACCUAUUAUAGCAGAUGAGUUUGUCGACAUGGAAUUUGGCACUGGUGCUGUAAAGAUUACGCCAGCCCAUGAUCCGAAUGAUUAUGAGGUCGGAAAAAGACACAAUCUGCCGUUCGUCAAUAUUUUUGACGACGAUGGAAAUGUUAUUGGAGACUAUGGACAAUUUAUGGGAAUGAAAAGAUUUGAAGCUAGAGUGGCUAUUAUUAAAGAAAUGGCAAAGAGAAAUUUAUUGAUCGGUAUAAAAGAUAAUCCAAUGGUAAUACCUAUAUGUAGUCGAUCGAAAGAUGUCGUCGAGCCUCUGGUGAAGCCACAAUGGUAUGUCAAGUGUGAUGAAAUGGCUGCUCAAGCUAAGGAAGCAGUGAGCACAGGCGCACUAAAAAUAAUUCCGCAACUAUUUAAAAAAACUUGGUACAGUUGGAUGAACGGUAUAAGGGAUUGGUGUAUUUCGCGUCAACUCUGGUGGGGUCAUCGUAUUCCUGCCUAUGCAAUUAAGUUUACUAGUUCUUCUAUGAGCACGAAGGAGAUAGACGAAUAUUGGGUGAGUGCACAUUCUGAGGCUGAAGCUAAAGAAAAAGCGGCUAAGAAACUGGGCAUUAAUGUAAACGACAUUAUUGCGGAGCAAGAUCCUGAUGUACUGGACACCUGGUUUUCUUCUGCUCUUUUUCCAUUCUCUGUUUUUGGCUGGCCAGACCAAACUCCUGAACUUGAGGCGUUUUAUCCAGGUACGCUAUUGGAGACUGGACAUGAUAUACUCUUCUUUUGGGUUGCCAGGAUGGUGUUUAUGGGCCAAAAAUUGUUGGGACAGUUGCCCUUCAAGGAAGUGUAUCUACAUGCGAUGGUGAGGGAUGCACAUGGAAGAAAAAUGAGUAAAUCCUUGGGAAAUGUCAUAGACCCUAUGGAUGUGAUUAGAGGAAUAUCUUUAGAGGAUCUUCACAAACAAUUGUUAGAAUCAAACUUGGAUCCAAAAGAGCUCGAACGAGCUCGGGAAGGCCAGAAGCGCGAUUAUCCGGAGGGCAUUCCUGAAUGUGGAACGGAUGCUCUGCGAUUCGCCCUGUGUGCCUAUACCACUCAAGGACGAGAUAUAAAUCUCGAUAUACUUCGCGUACAGGGAUACAGAUUCUUUUGCAACAAGAUAUGGAAUGCUACAAAAUUCGCGCUUACCUAUCUCGGAUCUCAAUUCAAAUGCAACAAUUUUAAUGAUACGAAAUACAAUAGCAACAUGGUUGGAGGUGGUGAGUGGUACCAGUCGGCUUUGAAUGAAUUGUGCGUGCAGGAAGCUCUAAAUAAUUACUUGGCAGAUUACCCCUAUCUCGAUGGUUAUACACCAUCGCAACUCGACUCGUCAGUUCAUCAAUCAUUCAAACAACUAAACAUUGAUCUUACGAGGCAUCUGCACAUUAAACGUUGGUACGAUCAUGUCGCCACUUUCACGGACGAAGAAAAGGCUGUGUUUCGUGCAGAACAAAAUGAAAUGAUACCAAAACUUGCAUACAUUAACGAGCCUCAAUGCAAUAAUGACGAUACAUUUGAGCUGACUGGGAAUGAGACAAAUGUCGAUUUAUGGAUGUUGUCACGUAUUAGUUACGCUGCCGCGACUUGCGAUGAAGCGAUAAGACAGUAUGACUUUGCAUUAGCUACUUCUACCUGUUACAAUUUGUGGCUGUAUGACUUGUGUGAUACUUAUCUGGAAUACCUCAAGCCGAUAUUUCAAAGUGAAAAUAACGAGAGUAAAUUAACGGCUCAAAAAGUAUUAUUUAUAACGCUGGACGUGGGAUUGCGUUUGUUGAGCCCGUUUAUGCCGUUUAUAACGGAAGAGCUUUAUCAACGUUUACCCCGUAAGAAGCUAGUAUAUCCAAGUAUAUGUGUAAGUCCAUAUCCAAAUGGUGCCAAGUAUCAUUGGAGAAAUCAAGAGAUCGAGAAGGAUGUGGACUUUGCGCAAAAAAUUAUUAAAAGUGUUCGAUCUGCCCGUGCAACUUACAAUUUACCGAAUAAAACGAAAACCGAAGCAUAUAUCGCCUGUAGCAAUCCAGCUUUAAAGGAAAAGAUUGUCCAAUAUAAAUUACUCAUAGAAACUCUUGCAUAUUCUACUCUUAGCACGGAAAAACCGCCAAUAGGCUGUGCUAUUCUUACUGUAACCGACAAGGUUCAAAUUCAUCUAUUGCUAAAGGGUUUGAUUGACCCGAGGAAAGAGUUGGAAAAGCUACAAAAAAAGGAAAAACAAUUGAUCGAGAUGAUACAAAAAUUGAAACAGGAUUUAGCUACACCCGAUUACGAGGUAAAGGUGCCUCUUGACGUUCAAAAGUGUAACGAGGAAAAGUUGACGAGUAACGAGGGCGAAUUGCAGCGAAUAAUUGAUGCAGUAAUGGUCUUACAAACAAUGUAGACGAUAAAUCUAUAAAGAAAAAUUCCGUAAACACUGGCAUUACAAUCAUAUAAGUUACUUAUUUAUUGAAUUAUUUAACAGUAAGUAACUUAUUUAUUGAGUUGAUUAACAUUUACUUGAAAAAUCUGCUUUCCUCUUGUAUAAAAUUCCACUCGAAUUAAAUAUGAAUGCGCACACGAAAAUAUAAAAUGUGUUCAGACAAACAGGUCUGUUCUGUUAUCUUUUAAUGUGUGUGUUAAAGAUAGUAUAUUAGUAUAUUAGACGAUGUCUAACGCAAGCUUACGUUAAAAAGUUUUUUGGAUUCUAGGAAAUCUACUUCCUAUAUGGCAGAGACAAUAGUUAUUUGCUAUGUCCAGCAACAAUGAUUCCUUUAUUAACUAACAAAAUUUUCUUGUACCUUUCUAGAUUUUCAUAUUUUUCAUGCAGUACCAUUUCCCAUUUUAAACUUUGAUGUUUCGUUUGUACAAAAGUUUAAAUUUAGAGUUACUAAAUAUAAAAUUAGAACAAAAUUUUUAUUUCAACAUUUUGAGUUUUUAGUCUUUAUAUUAUUUGGAAAUAUUUAGGAUAGCACGUAAAAUAUAUUCCAACCGUUUUUACAAUCAAACUUUUAAGUUUUUGGACUUUAAUGACGGAAAGUCCUUGUGUUUUUAAUAACUUUUGUAUUACAAAUUAAUUUUAUAUCUUAAAUGCAAUAGUAAGUAGAACUAUACAUAAGAAACUACGUCCAUUCCCUUUUUUUUUUCAAUAAAUUCAGUAA